AUGUCUUCAUUUCCUCUAUUUAGCUUUGCUAGUCGCCAUCGCCAUGAGUCUUACAUGACAGAUGCAGAACGGGAUCGAGGAAAGCUGAUAUUAGAAAUGGAACUUCUUGAGCGGGACAAGUGCCGGGCCCAAACCGAAAAUGCGCGGAUCGUUCAAGAAAAUCGCGAGCUCUUGGGACAGCUGGAGGACAUGAACAAUUUGGUCGUGGAAUCGGAUGCUCAAAUCAAGACUCUUACGGAUACCCUCGAGAGUACGCAGCUCCAGGUUAAACGACUGUCGAUUUCAGCGUCGCGGGUAGCCCAACUCGAGUCGCAGAUUGUCGCGAUGGAGAGAGAACAAGAGGAGCUUCAGGCAAAAUUUAUUGUUACAAAAGAAGAUGAGAAAUCAGCUGUCCAACGAUGGAGGCAAGCUGAAUGUAACUUGCGCAAUCUUCAGGAUCAACUCGAGAGGAUAGAGAAGGAGACGAGGGAUGAACAGGAAAAGCACGUGGAGUUACUUGCACGCAUGGAGCGGAGGAGGAAUGUUGAACGAGAAUUGGAUAGCGCUGCAGGUCGACUUAAAGGUGCCGCGGCGGCCUCGUCCCUCGGCCAGAAUAAACCAGGGGUGGUUAGCAACUUCGUGCGCGACAUUUUGCAAGAUAAUGCAAACCUUCAAAUGGGCAUCGUCGAGCUCAGGGAAAUGCUUCAGAACUCAAAUGAGGAGGUGCAGAACCUGCGGGAACAAGUUCUCCUUCAUCAACCACUAACCCCGGAGCCGAAUGAACCACAGCCCCGGCAGAGGGGACUCCCACUUAGUGUCGAACUGGAUGCUAAGUACUCGCCAGUGGCCUCCCAGGAGUUCCACGUCCAUCACCAUUACCACUCACCUGUACCUACUGUUUCCCAGCGAAAGGAGAAGGUACAGCUCCCUAUACAUCGCCGUCAGAGGAGAAAGAGACCCAUGAUAUCAUCUCCGCUUCUCGAGUCCCCGUCUCGCUUUUCCUCGCGGAUGUCACCAGUCUCACCCCGUCCACACGCUUCCAAUUCCUCCACGUCGACCAUUCUCUCCCAAACUUCAGUCUCCAUUCCUCCAUCCUCGAACAACCGCAGUUGGUCGACCCCACCCUUCGCUUACGCAGUAGCAGGAUCAAUGUCGUCGUCAAUGCCGAGCUCUCCGCAGUCUGCGUAUAGAACCUCGUCAAUUUUCGAUCGCGUAGACCAUGGCUUUGAGUCCUCUCGCCCUACCAGCCCGGAGAGCAUUGGGUUUGCAUCCCCAUCCGUUAGGCCAUACAAUCAUCGCAAAGGAUCCUUCGAUGUGCCCUUCCGGUCGAUAUCUGGCCCACCUGAAGUACAAGAUACGUCUAUAGCUCCUCCAGGUGACAAAGUUAAAGGGCUAGGUGGUAAUUUCUCUGCAGAUGAGAGUUCACCUUAUUUCGAAGCUCCUAUCCUGGAAGAGUCAGAAGCUUCGGCUCAAGAAGUCACCAAUGAAGAUGCAACCCAAUCCCAACUAUCAACUUGCCCAGCUGAACCCGAACAUGAACAUGAGCCCGAGCCCGAGCCUGAACUUUCGCCACAAUUACGGUAUCACACAAUAAAACGUGCGUCCUCUCAUGACAGCCUCCUCUCCAUUUCAGGGAUGGAUAUCCAUACGCUUCGCUCCCGGCCAUCACAAAUGCUCAGCCCUUAUGGAGCAUUUCCUAUCAGAACACCCAGCCGUAUCACAUCCGCUGGGACGGAUGUAUCCUUCACUCCUCCCAUCAUUUCACGAACGAACAUCAUCGUCCCUACUGUAUCCCUUAGCAACCGGGACAAAGGCUCCGACUCACGCUCCCUACUCUCCUUGGUCGCCGCUGCAGCUGCAGCAGACCCAAACGCAACCCCAACAGGCUCCCUGCCAAACAACACCUCUCCUAUUCACCAUCCAGAUGAUGAUAUCUUCGCAUCUCGUCAGGCAACCAGUUUCAGCAAGAAGAUUGGUGGGCUCGCAUUCACCCAGAUCCUCGCGUCGUUCGUCGUUAGCAUCCUCCUCUCGUCCACCAAAGCCGCCAUCCAUCUCCGCUGUGUCAUCUGUAUCCACUUCUGUAUCCGCUUCAUUUGGCUUUUCUUCAACGACUGCGCCAACGACCAUGGCCAGACCAACCGGGGUGAACCAAAAGGGUCCUAUCCCGGGGCUCCGUCCUCCCGCAAAGGCGCCUACGGCUAUACAGCCCAAGGAAAUUGA